AUGCCAAUUGAUCAAGAGAAGUUAGCCAAACUACAGAAGUUAUCUGCUAAUAAUAAAGUAGGUGGCACUAGAAGAAAGCUAGCUAAGAAGGCUGGAUCUAGUGGGUCUUCUAGUAAGGAUGAUACCAAAUUGCAAAGCCAAUUGUCGAAGUUGAAGGCAGUCACGAUUGAUCAUGUUGAAGAAGCCAAUUUCUUUAAAGAGGAUGGUAAUGUAUUGCAUUUCAACAAGGUUGGUGUGCAGGUUGCUCCUCAGCACAAUACUUCCGUUUUCUACGGUAUUCCACAGGAGAAGUCGCUACAAGACUUGUUCCCAGGGAUUAUUCCGCAAUUGGGGGCGGAGUCUAUCAAUGCGUUGACGCAAAUGGCAGCCCAGCUACAAGGCGGUCAAGCGGGACAACAACAUGGAGAUCUCGACAGCAUUGGGAAUAAGAAGGAUGAAGACAUUCCAGAGUUGGUUCAAGGUCAAUCUUUUGAUGCGGACGUUGAAUAA